AUGUCUUCCCCUGAGAAAAAGAAUUAUUUUCAAGUUCUGCAAAGGUUUAAGCCAGAUUAUUCUCCCAACUACUUCACCCAGUAUGAAUCCGAGAGGACGGGGAUGAAGGUGGUGGUCAUUGACCAGAAAGGCCCAAAGGUUUCGGGGUAUUUUGUUCUUGCCACAGAGAUUCUUGAUGAUUCUGGUGCACCUCACACUUUAGAGCAUCUUUGCUUUAUGGGAUCUAGAAACUAUCAAUACAAAGGGUUCCUUGAUAAGCUUGCUACUAGAGCCUAUUCCCAUACAAAUGCCUGGACUUCUACAGACCACACCGCAUACACGUUGUAUACUGCGGGCUGGGCUGGAUUUGCACAAAUUCUGCCCGUCUACCUUGAGCAUAUCAUUGAUCCCACUUUAACGGAUGCCGGUUGCUAUACUGAAGUGUACCAUGUUGACGGUACGGGCAAUGAUGCAGGUGUGGUCUAUUCGGAAAUGCAGGGCGUACAGAAUAAAUCAUCUGAAUUGAUAGAUUUGAAAUGCCGACGCCUGCUGUAUCCGGAAGGCAUUGGCUUCCGUUACGAAACUGGUGGAAUGAUGGAACAACUCCGGGUUCUGACAGCCGAACGUAUCCGUGCAUUCCACAGGAAGAUGUAUCAGCCGAAAAACCUAUGCUUAAUCAUUACGGGAGAAGUUGACCACGACAACAUGUUGCAAAUUCUGAAUGUAUUUGAGAGCACGGUCCUUGACGUGAUCCCAAGCCCUAAUGACCCCUUCAGAAGACCCUGGAUGGAAUCGCAACCAAUACCCCCGCUAGAGAGGUCGAUUGUAGAGAAAGUUGAAUUCCCCGAAGCAGAUGAAUCUUUCGGCGAGAUUGAGAUUCGAUUUCUUGGUCCGGAUUGCAGUGAUACCCUCCUUAGUGAUGCGCUCGAUGUGGUUCUUCUCUAUCUUGCGGGUUCCUCCGCAACGAUCCUUGAAAACACCCUUGUGGAGAAAGAACAUCUCACAAGCGCUGUGUAUUACUCCACAUCCCAGACACCUCGAACCGAAAUCUCUUUCACCCUCACCAGUGUAGCCACCGAAAAGCUUGAGCAGGUCGAGCGGCGCUUCUUUGAGGUGUUAAAAGAGGCCAUGCAAAACGAGAUUGAUGUGGAAUAUAUGCAGGAGUGUGUGCGAAGGCAACGUCGGAGCUGGAAAUUCUCCACUGAGUCCUCGGUCUCCCCUUUUGCGCACUAUGUAAUCUGCGAUUUCUUGUUCGGCAAGCGGGAUGGCUCUACUCUUCGCCACGUUGCAAGUCUUCACGAGUACGAUGAGUUGGAAAAGUGGCACGACCACCAAUGGCGCGCUUUCAUCAAACAAUGGAUAUCCGAUGCCCCCCAUGUGUCAAUACUAGGAGUGCCGUCCUCCAAACUUGCCACCAAAUUGAAGGAGGACGAACAAUCCAGAAUCGCAGAACGGAAGAGAGCUCUUGGAGAGGAAGGCCUAAAAAAAUUAGCGGAAAAGUUGGAGGAGGCCAAGGCCGCAAACGACAAGCCUAUACCUCAGGGAGAACUGACCAAAUUCGAAAUUCCUGGGGUGGAAUCCAUUCCUUUCAUCAAGACAACAACAGCAAAAUCGGGACUUGCUCUUAGCACGGGUCGUCCUAAUAACCGAAUUCAACAACUAGUCGAUGCGGAUGCGCCGGAUUCGCCUUUGUUCAUUCAUUUUGAGCACGUCGCCAGCAACUUCAUCCAGAUCUUCCUGAAUAUCUCAACCACAUCUGUGCCAGCAGAACUGCGUCCGCUUCUAGCCGUAUACAUGCAAGCUUACUUCAACCUUCCUGUUCUUCGAAAUGGAGAAAAAGUUCCCUUUGAGCAAGUCAUUGUCGAACUGGAGCGGGACACAGUUUCCUACAAUAUGGACAUUGGGCAUCAUAACCCUGAGAUGCUCAUCAUUAGCUUCCAAGCGGAACCAGACAAGUAUGAUGCUAUCAUAUCCUACAUCACCGAACUUUCAUGGGAAUCUAUAUUUGACGUGGAGCGGUUGAAGGCCAUCACCACUCGGUUGCUCUCUGAUGUUCCAGAUGCUAAGCGUAAUGGGAGUCGUAUGGUAGAUGCGGUGCAAACGAUGGUCUCACACACCCAGGAGUCAAUUGUCCGUGCCAUGACACCUCUAACUAGAGCUUUAUAUCUGAAACGUACCAAACGCCAGCUUGAGCAAAACCCUGAAGUCGUUGUGGCCCGAAUGGAAAUCAUUAGGAAGCAGCUCUUCCGAUUCGAAAAUUUCCGAAUAUUUGUCAUCGCAGAUAUGGAUAAACUUCGCAACCCUUCAUCAGCGUGGGGGCCAUUCGUCAGUCGACUGGAUGUUACUCAGCCACUCAGUCCGAUCAUACAACUACGAGAUCGUCUGAAAGAUGUGGCCAAAAACCCGGGGACCAUGGCGCAUCUCGUUCCGAUGACGACCAUUGACUCCUCCUUUGUGCUCACCAGCGCCAAGGGUCUGGACUCCUACAACCAUCCCAAACUCCCGGCCCUCUUGGUGACCAUUGCCUAUAUGAAUGCGGUGGAAGGGCCACUGGCCUUUGAGGAGGGAAAGAAAAUUGUCGAAAACCAUUUGUCUGGGGCGGAACAAUUCGACCCACAUAUGGCCCUCGAGGGCGCCAUCAGCAGCAUCGUGCUUGAUUUCGUCAAUGAGGAGACAACGCAAGCUAGUACAGCACUGGCCAGUUUUGUCCGGCAGGUCAUCCGGGGAUUGCCCAGUGACUACCAGGAGAAGCUACUGCGGAAAGUUAGGGAGAUUGGUAUUGAGGAGAUCAAGGAGAUUCUAAGGGAUUUUGUCUUGCCCCUUUUUACGCCUGGCAAGUCUGAUAUCAUAAUUGCCUGCGGGAGGGUGCUUGAAGAGCCUAUCAAGAAGGGCUUCGAAGGAGUUGGCUACAAACCGGAAGUGCGCAGUCUGAAAUUCUUUGAGGAUGACUAUGGAUUGAAGCUCGAGGGAGGCGAAGACGACGAGGACGAGGAUGGGGAUGAGGACGAGGAAGCCGAGGAAUCGGGGAGUGAUGACAGCAUGGACAACGAUGAUGAAAUGGCAAAUUGA